AAAGAGCUUCGUCUGCCCCUCGUCAGUCAAGAUACGUUGGCCUUCAUCGAAGAUUUGAAAAGCAUUUUCUCGGAAGCACUGGCAAACAGCUUCACCACAUCGAAGACAAUCGAAUUGCCAGAAAGUAAUAAGAAAAGGGCUUGAGAGAGAGAGAGAGAGCUGCAGCAAUAGGAAAGGAGACGACAAUGAAGGUCUCGCAAGGAUGCAUUGCCGUGUGGGCAUUGUUGAGUGCUGUUGGUGGCUAUGCUUCCAGCGCCACAGAUAGUGAAGAUCCAUCAGCAUCGACAUCAACCAGCACCAAUGACAACAUCAACCCGCGCGUUCCUCCGGGCUGCUCCUUGGUGAUGGCUCCUUCCUCCAUUCCUAAUUCUGGUUGGGGAGUCUUUUCUAUGGUGGACAGUAAAGUAGGGGAUCCCAUUAUUGCUGGUGACCUGGUCAUCCAGGUGGCUGAUUUGAAUGUCACUCAUGCCUCUGAUAUGCGUCGAAUUGUUUAUGACUAUGCUUGGAAUGCCGCUGAAACUGGUGGACAAUAUGAAGGCAUCAAUGUGCUUAGUGUUAUUCCAGGGAUUGGGAUGCUGGCCAACGGUGCCUCGGAAGAGGGGAUUUUGCCAGUCUUGGAGCCUUCUGUGGACGAAGCAGGCGUGACGCGCCAUAAAUCUCCUGGGGCUGGGGCUUUCACGCAUUACUUCAACUACACGUUUCAUUUCAACAAGCCUCUCGUGGCUGGAAAUGAAAUUCUUGUGAACUACGGUCCUGGAUAUUUUCAAAUGAGAAAUAAUCAAAUGGCCAAUGAAAAAGAAGAAGACGAGGAGGAGGGUGCCAAGCAACCACAACUGCUCCAUCGGUCGUUGGAGUCUUUGCAUGAAACCGGAUUUUGCCUGGACAAUCUCAAACCAGGAAAGUCCACCAUUGAGCAUGCAGGACGAGGAGCUUUUGCAUCCAGAGGACAGGCCAAAGGAUCUGUAGUAGCUCCUGUGCCUGUCUUACCCAUCACCAAACGAGAGGCCAUGGAUGUGACACGCAAGAAGCAGGUAUCAAAAAAGGAAUUUGCGGAGACAACUACCAAGCAGCUCUUGACAAACUAUUGCUAUGGACACCCAAAAUCCUCCGUUCUUCUCUUUCCAUAUUCACCCAUGGUAAACCUCAUCAAUCACUCUUCGAAACGCAGCAAUGUUCGCCUCCAAUGGUCCAGCAAAAGCCAGCCCACGCUAGAGCAUCUGCAGGAUAUCAACAAGAAACCUACAGCAUCCACGGAUGGCCUUCUGCUGGAACUUGUGGCCACAGAGGAUAUCCAGGAAGGCGAAGAAGUGCUUCUAGACUAUGGUCCCGAAUGGCAAGCAGCCUGGGAAAAGCAUGUGAAGCAGUGGGAGCCAUAUCCAUUCGAAUACGCACCCGGCUAUGUUCUGGAUGAAGCCGUGCCAGUUCUGGGAACUCAAGAAGAGGUCCAAGGCUCCAAACCCUAUCCGCCAAACCUCCUAACAUCCUGUUUUUACCCGUACGUACAUCCAGAGACAAAGCCAAGUGAAGGCGAAGACGACGAAAAAAACGACCCCACCCGGAACAUUACCUCGGCGGAAUGGCGACACAUGCCUGGUAUCUUUGAGCUUCGCAACCUUCGUCCCUGCACCAUCAUGCAGCGAUAUGAGGUCGAAAAAGAUAAGGAUUCCAGUAGUGGCGAUAGCGAAGACCCAAGCAACUUUUACUAUACUGUUGUGAUUCGCAACCGCUAUGGGCUGGCACCUCAGGAACGAAUCCUUCCGGGGCAGAUGCAUGUUGUCACUCGCGUCCCACGUCGGGCCAUACGGUUCACCGACAAAGUGUACACCACUGACCAGCAUUUGCAAAAUGCUUUUCGAAAGGAAAUUGGGCUCAGCGAUGAACUCUUCCGCAACUGGAUGGAUUUGGAUGGAAAAUCAGACUCGGAGGAAAAAGACCUCUAGACUUUUGGUGAUAUGGCCUUGGGGAGCUAGCCAGCUAGCUGCUGAAGAGGUUGAUUGUGGCAGUGUGCAACAGUAUUUUGACAGAAAGUAGGGAGAAGACAUGCGGGACAGUAUGACUUCACAAAGAAAUAAUUGGAUAAGAGAGUAGACUAGUUGUUGGUUUAUCUCAUGGAUUGGUUGGGUUCUUCAUAAGCUGUUGCUUUACUUCUGAGUGCCGGUACAGCCAAGGGCUCCAUCGGCACAUCAAUUAGGAUGCACUCAACUGUCUCAUGAGGUGCAAGAACGCGACUAUGCAUACAGAGAAGUCCACUUGGCUAUCUAGAUAACUACUAAAAGAAGGAUGAAUGCUUACUAAACAAUCUAAGGUUGUGGCUUGAAACUAAAAACAUUGGUAGCACGUGUCGCAAUGACCGUGAGGACACACUUUUCUCAACAUUAAUGUUGAACUCCAAAAAAUCCGUUAAUGGUACAAUAGCCAUGACAAGUGGCUGAAAGACAACGGGCAGUGGCACUGGAAGAGCCUAGCAGACCUUUUGCUUUGAUGGCGGAAAUUGGGUGGUGCUCUUGCAUUCUGCGUUGUCAAAGAACCUCCUAAUAUCCCGCCACUUCCACCACUGAUACAGACAAUCUCCAUGGAGGGCCCCAUCCCAAAAGGCAAUUGUUGUUUGACGAGCGAACGAUGGAUGCUCGGAUCCAAAGAUCUCCACUUCCCGCUUCACCUUGGGGCCAUUCACAAUUUGAUCCUUCUCGGCUAGGCCCACAAAGAAAUCCACAUUCUCAGGCAUGUCGUCCAACCACAACUCACUCCUGUACCAGGAGAAAUACCUGCGAAUGUAGAAGUUUGUCCACAGCUCAGUGAGGACUAACUUGAACAGCGGUGUGGCUUCGUCAAAGUUGAUGGCCAGGUCAGGUUCACUAAGCAAGAUGGAUACCGGGUCCAGCAGCGCAAACUGACGAAUCCGAGGUCUCAAUGGGGAGUAGAUCAACCAGGUGAGCUGAAAGGAGCCAAAUGAAUGUCCCA